AAGGGGUUUGAGAAACCAAAUGACAACCUUCAUUGAACUGAAAAGUCGAAUUCGACACUCGUUUCCCAGAAUGAUACAACUUUACAGUUUGUUUUCUUUGAUCGUUACGCUGUAUAUUCAUUGUGUAGAAGGUGCAAGCGAUUUCGAGGUACCAAAGCCGACAAAAACUCAAGCAAAAUGGCUGGACUACGAAGUUGGAGCAAUAGUUCACUUCAACAUGCAAACAUUUGAUCGCUAUAUGAAACCAGGUCGUGUAGUGCCUGUAGACACCUUCAAUCCACAACAACUCUCAACUGAUCAGUGGGUCGAGGCAGCGAAAAGUUUUGGUGCCAAAUACAUUAUUAUUAGCAUUGACCACUUCAGCGGGUUUCUCAUGUGGCCAAGUGAGACAAAUUACAACUACUCUGUCAAGUAUACAAAGUGGAGAGAAGGCAAGGGAAAUAUCCUAUCCGAUUUUAUGAUGUCCAGCAAAAAACAUGGUCUUGAUUACGGAUUCUUUUACAGCGUGCACAACAACUGGUAUAUGGGCGUGGAUAAUUAUACAACUGGGAACGCCUUAACUCAAGAACGCUAUAAAAAGGUAGUGGAAGAACAAAUGCGGGAAUUAUUCAAUGCAAAAUCUCCGUAUAAAGACCCUUUCUACAUCUGGUUUGAUGCUGGGAUUGUUCCAGGAGUGAGCCCUAAUGUCGGACCAAUCAUUCGCGAGUUGGCAGGUAACUCACUGUGUGACGAAUGCCCGACUUUUGCUGGAAAUCAAGGCUUGCGGUGGGUUGGUAACGAAAAUGCUAUGGCACCUUUACCUCACUGGUAUGCCGUGCCCAAUGGAAAGUGUUCCAUGAAGACCAAUGAUGGAAAAGUGAUUCAAGGGAAUCCCUGGGGCCAGCUGUUUUGCCCUGCUAAUUGUGAUACAGUGAUUCGCCAACACUAUUGGUUUUGGCAACCUAAUACGGAGUGCUCGGUGAAAAGUACCCAAAGACUUGUACGUGAAUAUCUGACUAGCGUGGGACAUGGCUGUACCAUGCUUUUGAACCUCAAUCCCGACACCCGCGGGUUGGUACCCGAGAUAGAUCUCUCGGUAUACCAGGAGCUGGGCAAAGCGAUAGCGCUGUUAUAUCAAUACCCCGUAAGCAAAUACUGUAGCCCUGAAAUGCAUGUAGGAGAGGAAAAAAUAUGGAAAUUCAGGGAAUUGAAAAGCCUCAAUGGUUCCGUUAUACUCAUGGAAGACAUCGAGAAAUCUGGACAAAUAGUUAUGGAAUACGAAUUGAAGUUGGAAACCGAAGACGGUUGGAUAAAAACUCCUGAGCCUGGAAGCACUAUAGGACACAAGAGAAUUCAUCCUUUUCCAAUAGCGUUAGCGAACAAAAAAGUGACUGCAAUCAGUUUAAAUAUUACAAGGCUCGUAACCAAGCAAAAAUCUAUAACUCUAAGGGAAGUUUCCGUUUACGACUGGAACGAAGCAGCCAGACAAAAUUUGAUCUGAUUUAUGUGAGUUAAAAAAAAAAGCAAACAAAUGUUCAAAUGUUGUUGUUUAUAGAGGUCAGUGCGCUUAGCUACAUCUAGCAAAUUCACAGGCCAGAUCAGUUGGCUAUAUACAAGCAUGACCGAGAAGUUAAUUGAACUAGGGUCUACCGAAAAACAACUUCUGCUUAGUGGUCAGAGGGGGACUUGAACCCGCGACCUACGGAUUCAAGUCCGGCGCCCUAACCACUCAACCGCUUCCUUUUGUUAUAAAGCGUAAAAAGGAAAAGUGAUUCAAGGAGACCCCUGGGGUAUUUGGUUUAAACUAUUUCUUGAAGUCGUUUGAUAAAAAUCUAAAUGUGAUUUUGUUCGUCCACAUUACAAGAAAGAGCUGGUUAUAUUUGUUCCUCUGAAAUGUUUGAACAAGGAAGAGUCAGUUUGAGUAUUCAUAUUCACUGUACAUCAGUUACAAUAGAGUAACUGUGGUUAUUCAACGGAAAGUCGAAUAAUUCGGCAAGAUAAUAUAAAAGGUCAGUUGUUAUGACCCUUGAACAAGGGUUUUGGUAGGGGUUGAUAUGUUUCAAUCAGCAAUAGAAACACAUAAUUACAAUAAACCUUAUUUUCCGGACUGUUCAGUUUUGCAUGCUUAACCCAGCUGGUCAGUAGCUCAAAGUCUCUCAUUGAUCUCAGGAGCCCAUCACCAGGAGCGUACAACUCUCGUACUAAGCCUUGUCACGGCAUUUUCACAGACCGCGGGUCUAAUUUUGGGCUCCUUUUCCCGCGAAAUAGGUUAGCUUCGGUUUACAUGAGCGCGGAUCGGUAAACAAAAACAUGGCGGCCUCAGGCGGACAUGUCGACUUAAUCAGCACGGUGUCUGAGAAAUCCAGAGAAAUCAGAGAAAUCCAGUGCGACAGACGAAUUCCAAAUCUUCUCUCUUGACUGAUUGAAUGUGGGAAUCCUAACUCACUUGCGUCACGUGCACACGCGAGCGAGAGCCUACGGGGAUUCCUAUCCUCUGGGACAAUUCAGCCAGUGUGAUUGAAUGUUUCAGCAGUACGUAAAGCUACAAGCUUCAACUGGUAACUUUUAAAUGUUGAUAAUCAUUUAACUGCAUUUCUCAAAAUGACUGGCCGAGG